ACUAUAAGUGUAAUCCUACGGUGUUUGGGACGCGGCUGGUCUCCGUGUCUCCUGCUUCAGCGCGUUUGAUUUCAUUGAGUGUGUGAGUGAGUGAAUGUUGUUUAGGCCGUGAUGGCAAACAGGACAGUGAAGGAUGCGAACAGUAUACACGGAACAAAUCCACAAUAUCUGGUGGAGAAAAUCAUUCGAACCCGCAUUUAUGAGUCUAAAUACUGGAAGGAGGAAUGUUUCGGGCUUACGGCCGAGCUCGUCGUGGACAAAGCCAUGGAGCUGAAAUUCGUCGGCGGCGUGUUCGGAGGCAACAUCAAACCCACGCCGUUCUUAUGCCUCACCCUGAAGAUGCUCCAGAUCCAGCCGGAGAAAGACAUCAUCGUAGAGUUCAUCAAGAACGAAGAUUUCAAAUAUGUCCGCCUGCUUGGAGCCAUGUAUAUGCGUCUGACUGGCACCUCGGUGGACUGCUAUAAAUACCUGGAACCGCUGUACAAUGACUACAGGAAGGUUAAAACCCAGAACAGAAACGGAGAGUUUGAGCUGAUGCACGUGGAUGAGUUCAUAGACGAGUUGCUUCACGCCGAACGUGCAUGUGACAUCAUUCUCCCAAGGCUCCAGAAGAGGCAGGUUCUGGAGGAGGCUGAGCUUCUCGAUCCACGUAUCAGUGCCCUGGAAGAAGACCUAGAUGAAGUGGAGUCUAGUGAAGAAGAAGAAGAGGAGGAGGAAGAGAAGCCGGAGCGAGUGCAGGCACCAGAGCCACACAGACGGAGCUACAGAGAUUUAGAUAGACCUCGCAGAUCUCCAUCUCCUCGCUACAGACGAAGCCGCUCACCCAGAAGACGAAGCAGAUCACCGAAGAGACGAAGUCCGUCUCCCAGGCGUGAGCGUGAACGUGAACGAGAACGAGAUCGUGAUCGCCAUCGCAGUAAGAGUCCACGCAGACACCGUAGCCGAUCCAGAGAAAGGAGGCAUCGCUCAAAAUCUCCAGGUCAUCACAGAAGCCAUAGGCACCGCAGUCACUCAAAAUCACCUGAGAGUCGAUCGAAGAAAAGUCACAAGUCGAAGAGGAAAUGAUUUCCAUUUGUAUUUUUUUUUAAAUAAAAUUCAUUAUUAGUGCAUAUAGCAGUAAAAAUUCAUGUUUAAAUUCUGA